CGGGCUACCUGCUCGAUUCGUCGGCUGGCCGCUCGUGUCCGCCAUUUGCCUUUUCUUCUGAAUGGAGCGUCGGCGCGGCAGAGUAUAAAAGCGGUCGGUCCAGCGGUGAGGAAAUCAGUUUGCGUUCGACAUCGUCAGCGUAAAGAUACAGAUACACCGCACCGCAGAUACAAGAUACAUUGGCUCUGAACCAACUCCGAUACCUUUGGAUUUACGAAUUAAAAACAAAUCAUAUCCCUCAACAUGCUAAUGCACGAGAAACUGAUGGCUGGGCAGUUCUUCGAUCUGAAGACUGAUCGCAAGCCUUUGAUGCACCACCACCAAUACCAGCCGCAGCAGCACCACCAACACCACCAUCAGUUGCAGCAACAGCCGCUGCACCACCACCAGUUGCCGGCUCCCGGCCAAUUGCAGCCGCAGCCCGCCAGCCUGGCCCUGCCCAAAAUGGACCUCUAUGCCGCCUACGCCUACCAGCAACAGUUGUUGCAGCUGCAACAGCAACAGCAGCAGCAGCAGCAGGCUGCUCCCUCCGCCGAGGUGUUGGAUCUCUCCCGGCGCUGUGACAGUGUGGAGACGCCCAGGAAGACCCCAUCUCCCUACCAGACCAGCUUCAGCUAUGGCAGUGGCUCUCCCUCGGCCUCGCCCACCAGCAAUCUCUUGUACGUGCAACAGCAACAACAACAGCAGCAGCAGCAACAACAGCAGCUGGCCUCCCUGUACCCAGCCUUCUACUACAACAACAUCAAGCAGGAGCCACUCAGCGCUGCCAAGACCACGCCCACAGCCUCGGCCACUGCCACCGCCAGUUUGCUCCAGACCUUCGCUGCAGCCUCGGCAGCUGCUGCAGCCGCUGCUGCCGCCUCCUCGAAUGCCUCGCCUCGUCCUGCCAGCAACGCCAGCACCAUGCAGAUCGAUGUCCUCGAGAAUCCUCAAUCGCCACCAGCCCAGAUCCCAGCCCAGAGCCAGACCACCACGCCGACCAGCAGCAGCGGGGAGUCCAGCAAGAACACCCGCCCCUUCAAGGCCUUCCCCCGGGAUCCCUUGGUGAUUGCUGCCAAUUUUGCUGCCACCGAUGUGCUGCUCGACAAUCCGCGAGUGGAGCGAUACACCGAGUACCGGAAGCGAGUCCUGGAACAAAUCCGCAGCUCCAACGGAGGACAGCGCACUGUUACCAACCCAAAGAUGCGACGCACCAACUCCCGCAGCGGAUCGGUGAACGAGGGCAGCUCCUCCAACAAUAACAGCGAGAGCGAGGAUCGGGCAGCGGCCGAGGAGUCCAGCGAUUGCGAUUCCCAGGCUGGAAACUUCGAGGGCAAGUCCAAUGGCUCCGCAUCCACUGCCAUCUUGGCCAACACCGCAGCCACUGGCGGCAACGCAGCCAACGCCGUCAACACUUCCGGCUCUGGAGGACAGGUUAAGGACGCCGCCUACUACGAGCGGCGGCGCAAGAACAACGCUGCUGCCAAGAAGUCGCGCGAUCGCCGCAGGAUCAAGGAGGACGAGAUCGCCAUCCGGGCUGCCUAUCUCGAGCGCCAGAACAUCGAGCUGUUGUGCCAAAUUGAUGCUCUCAAGGCUCAGCUGGCCGCCUUCACCGCCAAGGUGGCCACCGCUUGAAGGGACUCUGAUCCUGAUGCUGUUCCGAAGUCCUGCUUCUCUUGUUGCGUUGAACGCGAAGAUUGGUCUCAAGAUUUGGCUGCCAUUUGCCAAAACAUCCUACCUCCUAGCUAUUAAGGAUCACCAUGAUACCAUAUCCUUUUUUUUUUCGGUCAGCUUAUCUGUGAAUAUUUUCGGGGGUCUCCUUAUUUUUUUCUCUCUCGCAUGUAAGUACUUUAAGUCCUCGCGUUUACGUUAUAUUUUUAAAAUGUCCUAGUUUAAGUGCAUCUCGCAAUCACACCAGUUACACACUCAUCUAUCUGCAUUUGCUUCUAUUGACGUAUUUAUAGAAAGGCCAGGAUACCUUUAGUCCUUAUGCAUAAGCCAAUUUUUUUCAUAGA